CAGUAAUAAACACUGCUGGUGGUGACGGGUUUGCAUGGGGGUACAGAGGACACUGGGGUCCGCGGGUAAACUGGUUCUCUCUUCUGCACUGGGUCUGCCGUCACUGGGCCGUCUGGCGCAGCGAGCUGCGGUGUACCUCGGAGGGAAAGGCACUGCAAAGGAGCACAGCUGUCCUACAGUGAGCUCUGGCCUGGGAGCGGACUGCAGGGGCUGGGAAGUGGGGGGCCAGGCGCUCCCCCAGGACGGAGGGGCGCAGGCGCAGUGGGGUAACCCGGCCGUGUGGGUGGUCUCGCCCCCCCAGCCCGAGGAAGUGAAGAAGAAGAAGCGGCCGGCGAUGAAGGAGGAGGACCUGAAGGGGGCGCGGAGCAAGCUGGGGCUGAAGGGGGAGGUCAAGUCCAAGACCUACGAGGUGAUGAUGGAGUGCGAGCGAGCGGGCAAGGCGGCGCCUUCCGUGUUCAGCGGCGUGCGGACGGGAACGGAGACCGUGUUCGACAAGCCGAAGGAGCAGCCGCCCAAGAGCGUCUUCGGGAAGUAGGGGGGCCGCCGGGCGCCCCGCACCCCGCGCCAGCGGCCCCUCCCUGCCUUCGGACCCGCGCCGGCCCGUCUCUCCGCCGCGGGGGGUGUGACUGAGCCGCCAGCUCCUCCUGCCGCGGGUUCGAAUGAGCUGGCCGUCACACAGCCGCUUCCCAGUUGAUUCCUGACGUGUGCCGGAGAGGAGCGGGGCAGGAGAGCAGGCCAGGCUUUUGGGAAAACUCCCCCCCCCAGGGGAGCCGUCUGCCCUGGGGUCCGUUCUGCUGCGUGACUAGAAUUGCAAAAAUGAUCAGAUUGCUGGGUUUUUCCCGAAUAAUACGGACAACCCUUGCUUGGGGCAAAAAGCUUUGAACAUCUGCUGGCGGCAGAGUCACCCCACCCUGACGCAGAGACGGUGUGCGCCUGUCGGCGUGAAUCCAGACCUCCGCUCGUGUGCGGAUCUGUUGCGCUGCAGAUCCCAUCCUCUCUGUCCUCAUCAAGAUGCUCCCUUUGUGAAUAAACGAGUUUUCGGAAA